AUGAUUGGAUCGAAAGGAUUUUGUCAAGAGUUCGACAAAGCUGGAAUCGAGCACUUCGGCUCUGGAGCGGACCCGAUUGAAGAGAUGCACAUCAGCGACGAACAUAUGCUGGAUAGCGACUCACCGUUAUGCUCGAUCGAUGAAGAGGGAAGCGAUGUUGGUGCAGUAAUUGUUGGAUUCGAGACACAUUUCAAUUAUUUGAAAUUAAUGCGUGCCGCGAAUUUCUUACAG